AUGCAUGUGCUACAAAUGCUACUGCUUGUGCUUCUCGUAUCGUCCGUGUAUGGUAAGCACAGAAAAAAUCCCGAGUUGAACCAGUGUGUCUCUGAUUGCCUGCACAAAUAUCCAAGAUCAUUGAAGAACACAUAUGAUAAGCACAAGGGCUGCUACGAAUGGUGUAGAAUGGCGUUGACGCAUAAUCUCAAGAGUCUAUAUGGGCAAGUUUGA